AUGCAACGCCGGAAAACGAUGACCAUGAACUGGGAUGGCCUCGGCGACGACGACGAUGACGAAUUCUUCGAAACCUACAACCGCCUCUCUACCGCCGUGCCCCUCGACUUAGCCUCUUCCUCCGAUGAAGAAGACGACGAUUUCGAAGACAGCCGUCUCUCCUUCGCCUCCACCAUCUCCUCCAUCCGCUCCAUCAAACCUCGAACCUCCAAAUUCGCCGCCGCACCAUCCACGCGUCACAACUACGACAUCUGGAUGGCCGCGCCUGGAUCCAUCACCGAACGGAGAAGAAGAUUGCUCGGAAGCAUGGGACUGGACGAAAACAAGGAGUUGCUCAAAGCCACAAGCAUCGCUCUCGCUCGUGCCAUCACGAAUAAGUUCGAAAAAAUCCCUAACCAAUCCCCUCCUCCUCCUCUUCCUCCUUCUUCCACCACCGUUCCUUCUCCCUCUGUUCUGGCGAAACAGAAAACACAACGCUCCCCUGUUUUCGUCCUCGUCCGUUCGCGUUCCGAGGGCGACAUCGAUUCCUUCUCGAUGGAGAAAUCGAGGAAGGAAGAGAUAAUCGGAAAAGUCUCUAAACAACGGUUGACAAGGACGUCCACGGAGAUAGCCGCGCUGCGUGGUCGCGGUGGUCGGCAUUCCGGCGGAAAGAGAUUAGUGGUGAAGGAUUCUGUCGAGUCGAAUCGGCAAAUAGCGUCGCCGGCGACAGCGGUGUCGGUGGCGGGUUCGGGAGUGGGAGCAUUUUUUUUAAUAAAGAAUUUGGACACGGGAAAAGAGUUUAUCGUGAACGAGUACGGUGAAAACGGAAUGUGGAACAGAUUAAGCGAUUUGCAAACGGGGAAGCAGUUAACAAUGGAGGAAUUCGAGAGAACGGUGGGGCAUUCCGCCGUCGUCAAAGAACUCAUGAGCCGCGCCAACGUGGCAAGGAGAGGCGAUGGUUAUGGGAAGAAGCUUUCAACGAAUUCGUACAUUUCGAAGAGUUUGAGGCUAAGCAAGAGAAGAGGAGCUUCGUUGUUGAAGAACAUAAAGGGUGUGGCGAGUGGAUUCGUUGGGGAACGUGAAAGAGAGGUUCCUGUUCAGCAAGUGGUGGAGGCGAAAACGCAAGGGAAGAACGAGUGGGUGCGGGUUCGACAGACUGGGAAGUCGCAGAAGGAGUUAUCGGCGUUGCAUUUGUGUCAGGAAUUUCAGGCUCAUGAUGGGUGCAUUUGGACAAUUAAGUUCAGUUUGGAUGGGCGUUUUUUGGCCAGUGCGGGUGAGGAUAAGGUGAUUCAUGUGUGGGAAGUGCAAGAAUGUGAGGUUAUGUCCAUGAAGCCUGAGGAAGGCAACCUCACUCCUAUUCAUCCUUCGUUGCUUUCGUCCAUGGAACGAACGGAUCCUCCUCCUUUGUCUUCUGAUAAGAAGAAGAAGGGCAAGUUCGGGAGUAAGAGAGGAAGUGCCAUUCCCGAUUAUGUUCUUGUUCCUGAAACCGUGUUUACCCUCUCUGAGAAACCGUAUUGUUCUUUCAAAGGUCAUCAGGAUGAGGUUCUGGAUUUGUCCUGGUCCAAAUCUCAGCUGCUUCUCUCAUCUUCCAUGGAUAAAACAGUGAGGUUGUGGGAUUUGGAAACUAAGACAUGCUUGAAAUUCUUCGCACAUAAUGAUUAUGUGACCUGCGUGCAGUUCAACCCCAUAGACGAUGAUUAUUUCAUUAGUGGCUCACUUGAUGCCAAGGUCAGAAUGUGGAACAUCCCUGCACGUCUCGUCGUGGACUGGACUGAUAUCCAUGAGAUGGUUACUGCUGUUUCUUACACCCCUGAUGCUCAGGGUGUUCUAAUUGGUACACAAAAAGGGAACUGUCGAACUUAUAGCAUAGAAGAUUACAAGUUAACUCAAACUGGCACAGUUGAGCUUCGAAACAAGAGGAAAAAUCUACUAAAAAAGGUCACUGGCUUCCAGUUUUCCCCAAAUAAUCCGUCAGAAGUGCUUGUUACUUCAGGUGAUUGCAGGAUAAAAAUUGUGGAUGGUUCAGAUGUUGUUCAUAAGUUUAAAGGUUUUAGAAAUGCAAGCAGCCAAAUUGCAGCUUCGUUUACUCCUAAUGGGAGAUAUAUCGUAAGUGCAAGUGAAGAUUCUCAAGUGUAUGUCUGGAAGUACGAAGAGUCUCGCAAUUCAAGCUCUGGAAAAGCCAGAAGUCUGCUUAUUACAAGCUCUCACGAGCACUUCCCAUGUAAAGAUGUUUCGGUAGCAAUACCUUGGCCUUGUGCCAUUAAGGGUGAUCCAUCAUCAAUGCCAGUGCAGCAGUCCAAAAAGAACACAAAACGUUCAGCGGCACCACAGGAUGAAGCUGGCCCUGGUGCAAGCAAGAGAAUCUUGCCACCACUUCCAAAGAAAAACAAUAUCCUUGCCAUAGAAAAUGCCCCAGCCUCACCAGAGAAUGACCCUUCAGCAAUUUCACGAACAACAUCUGGAAUUGGAGAUUCAUUUUCUAACAGCAAGAGAAUGCUGCCACCCAAUCCUAAGAAAAGUAAAAACCAGGCUACAGAAAGUGACUACAAUCACAUCGAAGAAGAACUUGAAGCAAUCACAAGGACGGAUUCAGGAUUAGGUGAUUCAUUUGCUUCAGGUUCUGCAUCCAUUAGAUAUGGUGAUUCACCUUCCAAUUAUUCGGAACCUAGUACCUCAACAACUCAUCCUUCAGCAUGGGGCAUGGUAAUUGUGACAGCUGGGUUUGGAGGUGAAAUUAGGUGUUAUCAGAAUUUUGGGCUGCCUCGAAAGAUAGGUAGGCAGACCAAUCUUUUUGGAGGACCUACAUAA